AUGUGGAAAAAAGGACCUCCAUCUACAAUAAAACCUGCAUGGGCUGCAAAUAAUAAAAAAUUAAAAGAUAAAGUUACGAUGUCCACUACUAAAAAAAUAAAUGAAAAAGAUAAAGAAAACGAUGCAGCCCAAACUGAACUGAAUAAAAAUCUGAAUAAUACGCAAAAUGUAACAGAAAAUAGAAAUAUGACCAAUGAAGAUCUAUCAAUUGAAACUGGAAAUUCUAACAUAGCCAACUUUAACAACUCUACUGGUGGAUCACAAAGUAGUAUUAUACAAAAUAAUCCUAAUGCGCAACAAUCAGGAGUAAACGCAAGCAAUUCGAACAAUACAAAAACUAACAUUACACAAUUAACUCCCAAUGCGCAACAAUCAGGAGUAAACGCAAGCAAUUCGAACAACACAAAUGUUAAUAAUACACAAGCAAACUCUAAUACGCAACAUUCAGGAGUAAACGCAAGCAAUUCGAACAAUACAAAAACUAACAUUACACAAUUAACUCCCAAUGCGCAACAAUCAGGUGUAAACGCAAGCAAUUCUAACAACACAAAUGUUAAUAAUACACAAGCAAACCCUAAUACGCAACAUUCAGGAGUAAACUCAAGCAAGUCUAACAACACAAAAACUAACAUUACACAAUUAACUCCCAAUGCGCAACAAUCACGAGUAAAUGCAAGUUUGUUUAACAGCACAAAUACUAACAUUACACAACUUACUCCCAAUGCUCAACAAUCAGGAGUAAACGCAAGCAAUUCUAACAGCACAAAAGCUAAUAAUACACAACCUACUUCUAAUGCGCAACCAUCAGGAGUAAACAAUGGGACUGGUGGAUCAAACGCUAGCAAUACAGGAUAA